UCCUCUUUACAUAACGGCGCGGGGCGGCAUGGGCUCGGGCCACCGCCUCCGCCCGGCGGCCCGCCCGGACUAUCGCGGCCCGCGGUGGCGACGGCGGCAGCAGCAGCAAAGUUUCCCCGGCGGCGGCCCGGGGGCGCAUCCCCCCGCAGCUGUCAAGCUCUGGCGGCGGAAAUGAUGAGACGCUGGCCAUUUUCCGAGCCCGGGUUUCCUGCCUGAGCCCGGCUUGAGCGAGCCGAGAGCCAGGAGCCGGCGCGCAGAGGGAACGUGCCCGGGGCGGGGGCCCGCCCGCCCCCUCGGGAUUUCGUGGGGCCAGGGGCGCGCGACGCCAUGGGCCGGCCGGGCCCGGACCCCCUCUCUCUCAGCCCGGCCGCGCCACCUGGAUCUCCGCCAUGAACGGGCCCGCCCUGCAGCCCUCCGCGGCUUCCUCCACGCCCUCCGCCUCCUCACCCACGAACGCGGCCCCGGCCCCGGCCCCACGGGGCUGGAGCGAGUUCUGCGAGCUGCACGCGGUGGCCACGGCGCGAGAGCUGGCCCGGCAGUACUGGCUCUUCGUGCGCGAGCACCCGCAGCACGCGCCGCUGCGCGCCGAGCUCGUGUCGCUGCAGUUCACCGACCUCUUCCAGCUCUACUUCUGCCGCGAGGUGCGCCAGGGCCGGGCGCCCGGGCCGCCGGCUCGCGACUACCGGGAGGCGGGCCGCGGGCCCCCGGCCAAGGCCGAGGCCCCCCGCGCCGAGGCGGGCCCCGGCCCCGCCGCCCCUGCCCUGCCCAAGGCCCGCAGCUCGGAGGAGCUGGCCCCGCCGCGGCCGUCCGCGCCCUGUGCCCUCCAGCACCUGCGCCACAGCCUCCGCCACAUCAUCCGCCGCCGCUCGGCCGGGGAGGUGCCGGCGGCGGCCGGAGCCGCGGGGGAGGCCCGGCCCAAACCCGGCCUGGCCAGGAAGCGCCUGCCCUGGAGCCUGGCCCGGGAACCGCCGCCCGAGGCCCUCAAGGAGGCGACACUGCGCUACAGCCUGGCCGACGAGGCCUCCAUGGACAGCGGGCCGCGCUGGCAGCGCGGGCGGCUGGCCCUGCGGCGCGCCCGAGCCCCGGAGGGCGGCGCGGACCGCGUGCUGGAGCUCUUCGACCCGCCCAAGAGCUCCAAGCCCAAGCUGCAAGCAGCCUGCUCCAGUCUCCAGGAGGUCCGGCGGUGCACACGCCUAGAGAUGCCCGACAACCUCCACACCUUCGUGCUGAAGGUGAAGGACCGGACAGACAUCAUCUUUGAGGUGGGAGACGAGCAGCAGCUGAAUUCAUGGAUGGCUGAGCUCCGGGAGUGCACAGGCCAAGGCAGGCUGGAGAGCACGGACCCAGAGAUGCACAUUCCCUCGGCUCCCGAGCCCGGCAUGACCAGCUCACCGAGGGGAAGCACAGAGUCCCUGAACCAAGCAGGGGCUUCUCCUGGGGCGUUGCUGGACCCAGCCUGCCAGAAAACAGACCACUUCCUGUCCUGCUACCCCUGGUUCCACGGCCCCAUCUCCCGAGUGAAGGCAGCUCAGCUGGUCCAGCUGCAGGGCCCUGACGCUCACGGAGUGUUCCUGGUACGGCAGAGCGAGACGCGGCGCGGGGAGUACGUGCUCACGUUCAACUUCCAGGGCAUAGCCAAGCACCUGCGCCUGUCACUGACCGAGCGGGGCCAGUGCCGCGUGCAGCACCUGCACUUCCCCUCCGUCAUGGACAUGCUCCACCACUUCCAGCGCUCGCCCAUCCCGCUCGAGUGCGGGGCCGCCUGCGACGUCCGGCUGUCCAGCUACGUGGUGGUCGUCUCCCAGCCCCCAGGUUCCUCCAACACCGUCCUGUUCCCGUUCUCCCUCUCUCGCUGGGACUCAGAGCUGGGCCUGCCCCACCUCAGUGCCGCUGCCUGUCCGAGGGGGCCGGGCCCCGAGGGCCUCCCAGGCCGGUCCUCCCCCCCAGAGCAGAUCUUCCACCUGGUGCCUUCGCCCGAGGAACUGGCCAACAGCCUGCGGCACCUAGAGCCAGCGCCCACCGGCCGCGCCCGGGACUCGGACUACGACACGGACUCCUCCUCCCGGAGCCACCUGCGGGCCGUCGACAACCAGUACACACCUCUCUGACGGGCGGCGGAAGCCCGGGCCCACGGACGCCCCGGAGGAGCAAGCACAGCGAGCAGAGACGGGACUUGUGAUUGUAACCGCCUUUCCUUCCUUUCAGAGAGAGUUCGGGGACACUGUUAACUGUUCUUCCAGUUUGGACGCAACCCUUUUAUUAGGCCUGUUAAAGGGCCCCUCUAAGUUGCAGGCUGAUUUUCUCCUUGUUUACAGAUGUGGUUCUUGUUCGCAGAUGCCGCCGGCUCCCGCCCUGGGCCCCUGGGCCCAGUCCCCGUCGCUCUCCGAGCAGGGGCAGCGGGCAAGGGCCAGGCCUGGCAGUGGAAACGUGUUCUCUUUCUCACUGACGCUGUCGCAGCUGAUGCCAGGCGCUCUGCUAGCGGGGAGGGGUCCUCAGGAAGCCCAAAACACUAACCAGCCCUGGACUGUCUCAUGGUUUUCCCGUUGUGGCGUCAGUGCACGUGGCCGCUCUGCGGCACCCCCGCCACGGGCGACCACACCUAUCCUGCUUCGACACUCAGCCUUACGACUAAGCUCAAGAAUGAUGUUAAACAUUUUACCUCAGAUAAAUUUCUCAAAGGAUUCAGGUUUGAAAACUAAACCAAGCAUUGCUUAUUUCACUGUACUGUCUGAACUAACACCCAGGUUUCUGCAGCCAGAGACAGCUAUGCAAACCCGACCUGACCAGCUCCCGGCCGAGCCAGCCGCCCGGCUUCCUGGUCUAGUGCGUCCUCCGGACGGGCACCUGCUGCCGAGCAGCCACUGUCCUUCCCCUCGCAGAGAAGUGGAGCGUGUCCCUUUCGGGGGCAUCCAGGCAGUCACUGAGAUAGGGUGGCAAGCUGUUGUUCUACCCUGGUGCCUUAUGCGUCAAAAACUGGAUUCUGCCUCACAGCAGCUUUACGGUGGGCGUUAAACUGAGGGGUGAGGGAGGGACAGGCAAGGAGGGAAGGAAGAAGGCUCCCGGGCCCGCCUAGUAAGCCCUUCCCCAGCAGGGCCGGCUCCGAGCUCCCCGGCAUCCACUGGCUUCUUAGGUCGUCCCGCCAAAGGGUUCCGGCUCGUGCUGGAGCCAAAAUGGAAGCUAGGACCCGGGGCCGCGGCUCUGGAGGCGCCCCGGCGACGGCCCACGGCUGGCGCUGUCCCUGCCGGCCCUGCUCCGCGUGAGGAGGCGUGCCCUCGGGCACACACCUCUGGCACCCAGGGAGGUCCCGGGUACAACCUCCAUCUAUGCUUCCUUCACAAGCGAUGCGAUUCCUAGUGGGGGGCUGGCUCCUCCCAGAGAGAGCUCCGUGAGGGGGCUCGGGGGGAUGGGAAGCCAGCUGCUUCUGGGGCCCGCAGAGCCGGCCAGCACAGCCAGGCCCACCGAAGGGGCCCCUAGGAGCCUGAGCCUGGGGAGUUCGGCGUAGUUCUGACGCUGACGCGCACACCCCCCCCCAUCAGUCGGCCAGAGGCGGAAGGUGAAUGCUGGCCUACACCCAACCAGCCGCGGCCUGCCUUACCUGGGCGAGGGUCGGGUCUGCUCCCGCCAGCGGCACUCUGUACUCAGAGAGGCCAGACUUCUGCUUCUAGAAUUUUUCUGUUUUUCGCUGGGGGCAAGGUGCCACCUCUUUACUUUUAAAACCAACAUUCCUGGGUGUUGUCACGGGUUGUAAGGCAGUUCCAACCCUGAUCCAGAUUUCUGAUCCAUUUCUAAGGAUAAAUUUUCUACACACCAAGCAGGUUUCUCCAAGUAAUCAAUGCUAAGCAAAGGGUGAACCAGAUGAACGAGCACUAUUGAGAGAGAGACCUCAUCACAGAAAGUCAAUGCUGACAAGUCACUGGUGCAGGAAAGGGGUCAGACAACGAGCCGAGCAAGCCCCCACCCAUCGCGUCUGGGCUGAGACCUCUUCAGGCCAGGGCGCUCACUUCUUAGCAAUCUCGCCACGUGGAACCCCCAGGCAGUGCCGAGAGGCGCGCCAGACACAGCCAACGAGCAGCUCCGACUCCCCGGUUACAAAGUACGAGCUCAGACUGACAGAGACCCGGAAGUUGCCCACCUGCGGACUGCUUCCGUGUGAAGUGUCCAUGAAAAGCAUUUUUUUCUAGACAUGUCCGAGUUACCAGGACAGCUCAAGUACAUCCUGACAGACAGCCCCGUCCUGACCUGGGGAGAAGUGACCCCGAGCCCGUGCCUCUCCCUUCUGCUGCAGCAGGUCGGGGUGCACGGAGGGAGCAGCGGGCCCCUUGGCUGGACGCCCUCACAGUGACCCCGCGGGCGGCAGCCAGCCCCCAGCACGACAGCACACGCCACCCUCCUUCCGGGCCUGACGUGACCGCCGCUGACGGCGCCAGGCCCAGGCAGCAGCCUCCACUGAGAGCCCACGCUCAGUGCCAAAGGGACCGUUCGCGCCGCGGUCUCGUCGGGCGCCCCUGAUUGCAGACGCCGAGGGUGGCCUGACUGUCCCCAGCACCGACACUCCCUUAGUCGGACUCUAACGGACUUUCACAAACUAAUAGUCACCAGCACCAAAGAGUUAAGUCAACUAACCUGCCUUGACUUUUAGACCAGCAAUCCACAUGGCUUUAUCUGGUAUAAAUCUUCUGCCUUUGAUCACUUCUGGACCGUGUAGGAAAAAGGAAUAGCAAUCAUUAAAAUCUCAGACUAGAGAACACUAUUUUUAUAUAACAGUUUCUUAACCUAAAAUCAAGGCCUUGAACUCUUCCCUCCCCCCCAAGGGAUGCCCGUGGUUUCUUCACGCUUUCCUGCAGGGCUAAGCCUCUCCUCGCACCGUCACCCGAGCGCCGCCCUCCUGCAGGCCGGAGGGGCCUGCAGCACCUGUCCCACCGCCUCUUCGCAGGGGCACGUCUGACUCCAGUGUGUGGCUGGAAUAAGAGCACAUUGUAACAGCACAGAAAAUGGCUUCAUCUUGUAUCGUGGUGGGCAGAAGGUCUUUGGCAAAUUUUUAUGUCUUGUUUAUGUACUGUAUACGUAACUUAUUCUUGAAUAAUGCAAAUUUUGCUCUAGUGUACAAAUUGCUACAUAUGAAUUAAAAAAAGUUUUCAGGA